UUCCUUUCCCGCUUUCUCUGAGUCUCUGUCUCUGUCUCUGCCUCAGCAUCUCACAGAGCCAUGGCGCAAUUUAGGAAUGGAAACCCUAAUUUUUGAGCAAUGCAAUCCUACCCGAGGUCCUUCCAUGGUUCUCGUAUUAGCCUCAAUCAGUGUUGAUCGGAUGCUAUUCGGAAGGGGAUGUUAUGUCAUUUGAGGGCAUGUGACUUCAGUGAGGGCCACUGAAAAUGAAUGGUUUUAACCCAUUGGAGCUCACUGUGAAGAAUAUUCUUCAAAUGAUUAAUCCAUUGAACGAGCAUUGGGCAGUCAGAUUCCAUAUUAUCAAUGAAGUUAGAGCUAUUGUUGCAUCAAUUGAAAGUUUGAGAGGUGCAACUGUGGAACCAUUUGGAUCGUUUGUGUCCAAUUUCUUCACAAAAUGGGGAGACUUGGAUAUAUCAAUUGAGCUGCAAAAUGGGUCAUACAUCUCAUCUCCUGGAAGAAAGCAAAAGCAGAAGUUACUAGGUGAUGUUUUGUCGGCUUUGAGGGACAAAGGUGGAUUUCGCAAGGUACAAUUCAUCAUCAAUGCUAGGGUCCCUAUUCUGAAGUUUGAGAGCAGAUGCAUCUCGUGUGACAUCUCCAUUAACAAUUUAAGUGGUCAGAUGAAAUCGAAAAUGUUAUUCUGGGUUAAUGAGAUUGAUGGGCGCUUCCGUGAUUUGGUUUUACUGGUGAAGGAGUGGGCCAAAAAUCACCAUAUUAAUGAUUCGAAAUCUGGAAGUUUGAACUCAUAUUCUCUGAGUUUGCUGGUGGUUUUCCAUCUUCAGACAGUGAAACCUGCAAUACUACCGCCGUUUCGAGAUGUAUAUCCUGGAAAUAUGAUCGAUGAUCUUACAGGUGUGAGGACUGUUGCAGAAAAACAUAUCGAAGAUGCUUGUGCUGUAAACAUAAACAAAAUUAAGUCGGAACGGAGGGCAAACCUUAACCAAAGUUCUUUGUCUGAGCUCUUCCUUUCUUUCCUUGCUAAGUUUGCUGAGAUCUGUUCAAAUGCUUCCACACACGGCAUUAGCCCGUACUCGGGACAAAUGGAGGAAAUCAACAGCAACAUGAGAUGGCUUCCUAAAACCUAUGCGCUAUUCGUUGAAGAUCCUUUCGAGCAGCCAGCAAAUACGGCAAGGACGGUUAGCAGCAAGCAAUUAAUAAAGAUAUCGGAAGCGAUUCAGGAGACGUAUGGAGUACUCGUCCACCCGAACCAAAAUCCAGGUUCUCUCCUAUCGGUUAUGGCCGGGCCGCAUAUAUUUCCGAGAACACCGUUUCCAGCCACGGCGAGCCGGCAAUCUUCAUCAUGGCGACACGGUCCCAACAAAAACCCCGAGAGAAGAAAGCAAACAUCCUCGGAGACACAGCCGGCAGCUCAGAAACACCCGAAUGGGCAAAAACAACAAGUGUGGAGGCCGAGAUCCGGGAAGAAACUCGACGAACUUGGUUCUGAAGGCUAAAUCCAUCCAGAGAUUCUAACGACCUGUCGUUUGCGACAAAAAGGACCAUUUCCAGCAGAGCGAUGAACACAUGUUCUUCAACGUUGUACGUCGCCCAACAAUUUGAUAUUUAUUUACUCGAUCAAUUGAUCGAUCGCCAGUGAAGGACAGUAAUUUUUGAAAGGAUUUGGGACUGUUCUUGCA